GCUUUUUCUUCAAGUUAGGAACACACCACCGUCUCGUCCCCCUUAUAUCCCUCACCGUCACCGUUCUCUUUCUCAUCACCCUCGCCGUAUCUUCCCCCCGCCCUCUCUCUCUCUCACCAUACACAAAAUUUCACUGUAAUCUGAAAACCCAUCUCCCUCGCAUCUUCCUUUUCAUCUCACCCCGUCUCCUCGGCCCAAAGGUCCUCAAUUAUUGGGUAUAUCAAUAUAACAAGGUUAUCGAAUCCUCUUUGCAGGUGUGACUGAUUUCCGAGAUCAUAAGAGCCUCUAUUGGGUUUUGGAACUAUAUAAUCUAGUGAAAUCCAUGUCGAAGGGAAACGGAAGGGCAUCUGAGGAGGAGAUCUUGAAACAGAAAUUAGAAGAUCUGCAGAAAAAGCUGGGGAAGAAGCAAAUGUUUGAGGAGGCAGUUGCCUCCCUAAAAUCUCUCUUGCGAGAAACCUAUCCUUCUGCUUCCCCAUCUCUCCGCAAGUUGUUCUACUCCAUUGUAUGCCGAGUUGCAACUAUUUUGAAAACAAGAUACACUGCGCCGGGAUUCUGGAAUGCUGGGCUGGGGCUUUUCAUAGAGACUGAAAGCUUGGUUUCAGAGUCCUCUGAAAGGGAACAUUUGAGGAGCUGCAUUGCUGAAGCCCAUCAACAGCUAGAACAUAAUCAGUCUGAAGGAGCUAUUGCUUCCAAUUCCAGCAGAGGUUUCCUUUUUGAGGGGCAUUUAACUGUGGAUCCUGAGCCUCCACAGCCUCAAUGGUUGGUGCAAUCAAACCUGUUGACAAGUAUCGCUGCUUCUCUCAGUACGACUGAAUCUUCUUUUGAAGGACUAGUGGAAAACAACACCACACAAGAUGCGGAUGCUGAUCUAUUUCAAGAACUUUUGAAUAGAAUUGAAGAUAUUCCCGCGUUCUUUGAGACUUCUGUAAACCGGAGAGCACCGCCUGCCAGUAAAGAAGUGAUCGCGAAGCUUCCAGUUAUCACUAUUACGGAGGAAAUCUUGGCCAAACUUGGGCCAGAUGCAGAUUGUUCCAUUUGCAAGGAGAACUUAAUCGUGAAUGACAGGAUGCAAGAGUUGCCUUGCAAGCACAAAUUUCAUCCCCCAUGCCUUAAACCAUGGAUGGAUGAGCACAAUUCAUGUCCUAUUUGUCGGCAUGAACUGCUGACUGAUGAUCACAAGUACGAAAGUUGGAAGGAGCGGGAGAAGGAGGCUGCAGAGGAGAGGAAAGGUGCUGCAAACGCCCUUCGUGGUGGUGAAUAUAUGUAUGUUUAGGUGAAUUCGACUGUUUAGAAGUCUUGCUUUUCACAGUCAUGAUCGUUCAACAAGAUGGCUAUCAAAUUUCGUUUUCAUGAACAUCUGUGCUCAUAUAUAUUACCUCCUCCUCUCCACUCUCCUAGUUGUGUAAGUAUUGGAUAUACAGUUGCAUUGUAUGUUGUUAUGUCUCCUGGAUGUACACUUAAUUAUUUUUGAGUGAUUCUUUUAUUUCCCA